CCCGAAACAGAGACCCAGUAACCCGCAUCCCACAUCACUCAUCCACAGCUCGCAGCCGUAUUCCUGUCUCGAAUCCUCUCUCGCCGCUCCGAUGGCCCGCACGAAGCAAACAGCAAGGAAGUCGACCGGCGGCAAGGCCCCCCGGAAGCAGCUGGCCACUAAGGCUGCGCGCAAGUCGGCCCCGGCCACCGGCGGCGUGAAGAAGCCCCACCGCUUCCGCCCCGGCACCGUCGCGCUCCGCGAGAUCCGCAAGUACCAGAAGAGCACUGAGCUGCUCAUCCGCAAGCUCCCCUUCCAGCGCCUCGUCCGCGAGAUCGCGCAGGACUUCAAGACUGAUCUGAGGUUCCAGUCCUCCGCCGUCGCGGCGCUGCAGGAGGCCGCCGAGGCGUACCUGGUGGGGCUCUUCGAGGACACCAACCUUUGCGCCAUCCACGCCAAGCGCGUCACUAUCAUGCCCAAGGACAUCCAGCUCGCGCGGCGCAUCAGGGGCGAGAGGGCUUGAGCGCCCGUCGUGCUGCUCGUCGUUGUAGUGUUACUAGAAGUAGAUGGUGGCAUUCGUUUCGUGGCUUCCUUAUCCUGUAGGAGUAAUGUUCUAGAUGUCUUGGCUUCAGUGCAAUGGACUGUGAUUGCUCAUUUCUGAAAUUUAUCAAUGGACUUGUUCUUGCAAAGAUUUGCCGUCUGUUUUUUA